AUGUCUUAUCGGCCCCGCUCUUUCAGCUCCCCAUUUAGUCCUCCCCCUUUCCCCUAUUGGCGCGCAUACAGCUGGGGCCCAACGAAGAGCCGUCUCACGAAUGUUAUAACGACCAUUACUCCGGGCAAGGCGCCCACCACCCAAACUGGCAAGGGCUUUUUUUGGCCCGGGAUUUCCAACGGCACGGGGGACUUAAUACGGACAACGCUUGAGUCCCACAAUGCGGGCCCGUACACGACGGGGUACGGUAUAGGGACAGGGACAGGGACAAAGCGUGAUGGCGGGUGCAGUAGCACGAUUGCUGCGCAGACGUAUAUUAACACUGUUAUUGCACUUCAUGAUGCCGAUGAAAAUUUCGGCAGCACGAUCUCCACUAGCCAGGGUGCGACCUACUCCGGCCUGUCUCACAGCUCGGACUACAAGACGUGGACGAUUGCCAAAAAUAACGUCUCGGCGAUGAAGUGA